AUCAGGCGGCGCGGAGGCGGGCACAGUCCGCGGGCCAGCGUCGCCGGUCCGGGCGCGGGGGAGGCGUGCUCUUGGUUCCGGGACGCUCUCCCGAGGAUGGUUCUUCGGCGGCUGCUGGCCGUGUUGCUGCACAGCCCGCAGCUGGUGGAGCGGCUGGCCGAGUCUCGGCCCAUCCGGCGUGCGGCGCAGCUUACGGCCUUCGCGCUGCUGCAGGCCCAGCUGCGCGGCCAGGACGCGGCCCGCCGUCUGCGGGGCCUCGCGGCGGGGCCCGCCGGCUCGCUGGGUCGUCGCGCCGCGCGAUUCCGAGACGCCUUCGCACAGGAACUACGCCGUGGCCUCCGGGAUCGCCCGGGGACACCACCGGGGAGCCAGAGGGGUCCAGGCGCAAACCCUUGAGCCCGGGCCGAGGUCGCCUACUUUCGCUUCGGGGAUGUACAGUGGCUUCGGCGCUGAGGAGUCAUCCCGGGCACUGGGCACAGCUUCGAAACCCUGACUCAGAUUUCCGGCCUGCAGACGUCCCACUCCGAAGAGCCCAAGCCGAACGGACCUCCUCGUUGAAGCCCUGUGACGGGCAGGGCUCCGUGUGGCCAAAGACCCCGAAGCCUGAGGGGCUGCCCCGGGACGCAGCCAGAAAGGGAGCCUGCCCUCUACAAAUGGGACAAGAACUCGGGCUAGAUAUGCGGGGAGGAUCAUGGAUGGAAACACGGCCCUGCAGCUGCCGAAAUCCUGAUUAAAUGCGUGAGCUGAUUAACCGGCAUGAGUGUGGUGCUUCUCAGACCAGGUGGAUUGGGAGGCCUGGGCUCUGUAGGCCCGCACACACAGUGAGUGCUUACUCUGGGCUGGCGUUUGCUAAUCGCUCUCAGUGUGGGUUAUCACACUUAACUCUUCACAGCGUGUUCGUGGGAGGAAGUGGAUAUUACUUCUUACGUUGCCCAGAGCCUUACAGAGCGGAAUGUGAGUACAGGCAUUUGACUCCGGGGCCUAAAUCCGUAAUCACAGCUCUCUACAGCAGCUACCCUGCCCCAGUGCCUGUCUUCCUCCACCGCCGUCACCACCAGGCAUUAAGACUACCAGGAUUCCUGUUCACUUUUGUGGGUCUGGGAUACAAACCACUGGUCCAGCUAACGGACCUACAAUUAGGAUGCUAAUUGUAUACAGAAGUGCCCUGUCAUUUCCGGCUCUUCAUUGGGUGUCUGAUGGGCUCUACUUAGGCUACACAAUUAAUCAUUCCAUCUAGGAAGCUUGAAGCCUUUAAACGUAACCGGUACUGACCAAGCAUCAUGCCUCCUGUGUUCCCACAGGGCAGGUUGGAAGGACCUGAGCGACGUCGCUGAGGUGGGAGAACACCUGGGCUCCCUCCUCUGUGAGAGUGAGCCUGCAGGGCAAGGUGCAGCAAUGGCCAGAGGGCUUAGGAACAGGAGUAGGAGAGGGGAGAAAACUUCCAGAAUAACUCUUUUGGAUAAUAACCGAACACAGAGACAGCAGGUACCAAGGUGCCAUUAGAUGCAUUGCCACUCCCACUUGCAUUCUUAAAGGGCUUUGUGGGAGAGAUGCCUAUUAAGCCAGGGGACAUGUGCUGUGGAGUCCAGGAAUGACAAAAUUAGCUGGCACAUUCUGCAGAGAUCCUUUGGCCUAGUGUGUUCUGAGCCGAAGGGGCUUUGUCAAGGUCACACACAGUCUGUGAGUGGCAGGUCUAGGACUAGAGGGCGCCCCUGAGUCGGAGCCUCUUGUUCUCUGUGUCACCACAUUGCCCUCCCAGGAUCCGACAGGCCAGAUUGACUAAGGAAGCCAAAGAGUUGUCAUUAGUAGUUCCUGUCUUCACAACCAGGCACUAUUACGUAUUUAAAACAUCAUGGUGGCCCGAAGGACUAGGGCAGGCGCAGACAGCAGGUGCCAUAUUCACAUCAGGAUCCUUUGGGGACCUUGACACCAGGACCAUGACUCAUCAGGUCUUUGUUCUCCAAUAGAGAAGUGCCAGCUCACCAAGAAGGCCGCACACCCAACAGCUGUGCCUUAGAGAGGCACCAGUGGAAAUCCUGAAAGAGACCCGUGGCUGUGGCCUAGCAGCCCAGUCCAGCUACCCAUGUGGAAGGAAACCCAGAAAGAGGCUAGCGUUUUAUUAGGGUCAUCCCAAAGGUCAGUGUUACCACUCAGGGAGGAGACGUGAAGUCCUCACUUCCCAGUUAUUAUCACAGAAGGGCUGCAGCUACUGCUCAUGUGCACGGAUGGGCUUCUCCCUCCCCCAGAACAUCCACUCCACUCUUCACUCUGCUGCACUUUAGCUCGGCCGCACGUGGGGAGUUUUACCUGCCAUGACCUCAGGUGACUGGAAGAACUCAUCAGGGUGCACGUAGCCUGUCUGCGGGAGGAGACACCAUAGCACUCGGAGCAGGCUGAGGCCGCCCCAGAGCCCCCUGGCUGCCAUCUUCAGAGCAGACUGUCACCACACACUGAGCCAAGAGCUGUAGCAGCUGCUGCUCUGGAUCCACAGAU